GAAGUUAGAAAACGCACAUAAUUUUUUGAAAAAUGUUUAUAAAUAAUUAAAAAUAUUUUUAAAAUUAAUAAAUGAAAAUGAUAUGAACGGGGAUGAAAGAAGGAGAAGAAGAAGAUGUAAUGAAUGUGAACUGCAUUUAAAUUAUGGUACAAAUGAAAAAUUGAUAGAUAAUUGUUUUAAAUUAAAGAAUUUUGCAUGAAGCUGAAACUGAAAAACUGAUUGAAAGCAAAUACACAAUGUAUGUAAUUAUGUGUGCCUUUUUCAAAGCAUUGCAACUAAGUUAAUUGUUAAAUUUUAAAUAAUAAUAUUAUUGACGGCACCAAUCAAAAUCAUAUAUAGAAUUGGCAAACGAAUGAAAAUGUGAAAUCAAUCGCUAGGCAGCCGCUACAUCAUGAAAUUAUUAUAAUGCUACUAUAUACUAUAAUGAUGUGAAUCCCGACAUACUCAAAAUACUUGCGAGUGAAACACAAUUCAAACGAGAAAUACUACAUAAUUUAACAAUUUAAUAAUAAUAAUAUUAUAAUUUUAUGUUUAUAAUCGGCAAUCGUGCAAUCGUAACAAUCGUGCACCGCCAAAAUUUACAAAUUUUUUGGUGUGCUGCCUAUGGAAAUUUUUCGAUAACCGAAUGAUCGAUAGAGUAUACAUAUAAAUGGUUUCGUAAUCGAUAUCGUUGUUGAAUUUCAAUUCAAUUGAUGAUUGUGAGUAACCUAUUAACUAAUCUCUAAAUAAAUAAUAUAAAGUAAUAAUAAUAAUAAUAAUAAUAAUUAGUUGUAAUCUUUAAGCACGUGGCAAAUUGAAUGUUGUAUGUACUAUUGUGUUAAUGGGGAACAUUUUUAUUUGAAACAAACAAUAUUCACAAUAUUCAUUCAUUAAAUAUCAUGAAAACAUUACACAUUAUUGCAAAUCCAUUGGAAUUAUUUGCAAAUCUUAUCCACAUAUGUUCAAAUAAUAAUUAUUUACGCAACUGUAACAAAAAAAAAACAAAAAUCAAACUAAAUUAUGUACAAGUUUUUGCAUAAAAUAAAUGUUUAUAAAAAACCAAAAAACUGAAAACGUAUUUCAAUAUGGAGUGAACUGCGUAGUUGCAAUUGGGAUAAUUGGGCGAAUGCACGCUUUGAAAUAUGAAUAACAAAUUGUUGUCUACCAGAGAAAACAAAAACAAGACAAAAAUCAACAAUAGCCCAAUUUGCCAUCGGUGCAAUUGAAUUGUGUGAAUGAGUGAGUGAGUGUGUGGCAACUCAUUUGGUUGCCAGGGGAUGUCCCGAAACUGCUUAUUGACAUGAGGACGUGUGUGUGUGUGUGUGGGCAGGCUUUGAAACAAUAGAAGCCUACCAAAUGCACGAGGACAUAUGAGGUUGCCACACACUGCUAUCUAAUCUGUGUCCACCUUGGAGAGAGGAGGCAACGUUUUUCGUUUCGCAAUGGUGCAGAAUUAAUCUAGAAUCGGAGCAUACGGUGAUGAUGCAAUUGUGAUUGCAUUGUGCUUGUGUAACAAAGUGGUUAAUAACCACAAAGGAGUUAUCUGGCCAACUCAAACACCUACGCUCUCUCUAGGCGGAGGAUAUAUUUGGUUCGAUUUGCACAAUGCAUCUUGAGGUUCGUCGUAACUUAUGCUACAAUAAUAGUUAAUUAAGUACUGUUGACAUGGGCACAGAAGCAACAGCAAUCAUUUAUGCAAGCAAACUUCUUCAAGGACCCAUCCAGCUUCCUUUUGUAUUGUAAACAAACCAAACAACACGUGCGAAUGCCGUCAAUGCGCAUGCGCUGUUAUUAACAGUGACUUAACAGCGCGCUGUUAACGCGUCCUUAAAAGCCUGGAGCUGUAUGGCAACCGGCUCAGUUCAACGGUAGCAAGCGAAUUGCAAGGAUCGAAAUCUCGAAAACGGAUUAGUUCAACAACGUCUUCGCGUAGCAACAAGUGAGCUCUCAAAGUCGUGGAGCUAACUAUCGUGUAUACACAUGGCGAACCGACUGAUGAUACUUUGCUACUUAGUUGUGCUGUUCGUUGCCAUGGCUAAUGCGCGUAAUGAAACCCAUCAGAAUCCACCGCCACCGUUGGCGCACGUUGAACAGUGCGGGAACACUGAGAAGAUGGUCGAUGAAUGCUUUAAGGAUUUGCCAUCACAUCUAACAGAGUUUUUACAAAACACAAAAAUUGUCAUAAGCAAACAGGAGAUCAUGGCUAAGUGCAUUGUUUUCAAUAAGGGCAUGAAAUGCUUUGAUGCCUAUGCAGCGCGUUGCCUGCAGAGUCGAAAGCUAAACUUGUUUAAAAACAACGUCGAUGGUGCUCGUAAAUUUUUAAAGAAAUUCUGUUCCGAUGAGAAUUUUCAAAGAGAUUAUUUGCGGCACAAGGAUUGUUUCGCCUACAUUCAACCAGAUUGGGUUAGCUGCACCGCUGACUUUGAGAACAUACUCACGGAUGAUUUGCACGACGAUACCCGCAAUGUUAGCGAUAAAUUCAUGGAGUUUUGUUGUGCACGUUACGCGUACGAGAAUUGCAUCUACAAUAGUGCGCGAUAUAAGUGCUACAAGCAUUCGGCCGAAUUUGCACGCGAAACCGCCAAAAUGCUGUCGGAUGAGAAGCACUUCAGCAAUUGCCGCCACCUGGAGGACAUCUGUGCGCAUUCGACACGCAUCGCCUGGAUAUCGAGCAGUUUUUAUCCCCUGGCUCUAGUACUGAUGUUGCGUUUUCUGCGGCACCUCGCCGGACCGUAGAUUCUCCGCUCUGUGGUUGUGUGCGUGUGUGUCUCUCUCUAUGUGUGUGUGUAUAAGUAUGGUGGUGUAGGUUGUCCAAUUGAAAAUGCAUAGCAUUGAGCGAUUCGCUUGCAAAACAAAAAAAAAACAUAAAACAUGGGCAUGUGAUUCUCUUGGGGUGGGUAAACUGGGUCGGACAGCGGCACUUGUUAGUCUUAACAAAAAAAUCUCCAAUACUACAUAUAAAAACUUAAGUUGAUGUAUGUUAAUGUGUAUAUGUGUACCAUAUUAUUUGUGUGAAACAUUUGUGUAUAUCAAAUAAAUUUCACUUCAGCUAUGCGACACGUCUUUAUCCUAUCCGACGACUACUUAAAGAAAAGUUCAAUAACUAUCUGAUGCGCCAUCAUCUGGCGUAUACGUAAUAUGCUAAAUUGAUUGAAUGGGCCUUUGUGUCUUCUGUCUACACCGAUAAGGUAAAUCCGUCACGCAAUGAACUCAUCCAGGACGUGCUCGGAAACUUUGUUUGCCAGACUAUUUUUCCAGGUAUUUAUCUUUUAAAUGGAUGGUGGCAGAUAUGUUUGCCUUUGCGUUCUUUUGACAGUCCAUUUGGAAAGUCCGUGGAGAAAGUUUUGAGUAGGCAAACAACCUGUGUAACUAUGGCGGCGACUCCUGCCAA